UCUCACUCUCGCUCUCUCUGUUUCUUUCUUUCUCUCGCUCUCUCAAGAGGUAACAAACUCUCUUCGUGAAUCGCGUAGCUCGGUGAGAAAGAGAGAUGAGUCCUCGAGCUACUCAAACAUGCGGAAUCUGCGAGAGAGUCGUGUCCAAGUACAAGUGUCCUUGUUGUCUUGUUCCUUACUGCUCCGUUGGUUGUUUCAAGAAGCACAAAGAGCUUCCAUGUGUUAAACCUUCUUCAACCGACGAAAAGCCUGCGACUUCUCCAGCAAAGGAAGUCCCAGUGGAAACAACUGAUGUGGUGGAAAAGACAGAAUCCAAGGCUGUUGGUAACAGUGAUGCGUCUCCAACAAAGGAAGCUCAGAUGGCUGUGGCAAUACCAGUAAAUGCAGAGGAAGCAAAGCAUGUUGUAGACAAGACACAGCUCGAGGCUAUUGGUGCGUCUGCAACAAAAGAAGUUCCAGUGGCAAGACCCAUAAAGAUAACUGCAGAGGAAGCAAAGUAUGUUGUAGACAAGACACAGCUCGAGGCUAUUGCUUCUUCUAGUGAAAUCCGAGAAGCUUUAAAGGACGAAUCCCUACAGAAACUCAUCACCAAAAUCGAUAGCUCUUCCAACCCUCUCAAGGAACUCGAUGAAGCCAUGGGAGAAGAAGCUUUCCGCAUGCUCAAAGACAAGAUUCUAUCAAACCUUUCCAAGAAGAAAUGACUGAGAGCAAUGAGAGCGUAGUCAUUAGUCAACAUCCAAACAGAAGUUCCAGAACUAUUCUUGAUUCAUUGUUUUGCGUUACGAAGUUUCAGUCGCAGGAGUGAAAUGUUCAUAUGACUUGUAUAUAUAACCCCACAGAGGAUUACAGAAUACAGAAACUAAAUCUUACAUGUGUUGUGGAUUUGCUUGGAGAACAUGAGCCUUUUGUUUUACUCCACACACCA